AUGACUAUCUCUACCCAAAACCCUCUGAGCGAUGCUGAACACGACGAAUACCAAUAUCUUUCUCUGUGCCGGAAAGUCAUUGACUCCGGGGAGAUCCGACCAGAUCGUACGGGUACGGGCACGCUCUCCAUAUUCGCGCCGCCCUCCCUUCGGUUCUCCCUCGCAAACGACACCCUCCCCCUCCUGACCACGAAGCGCACGUUCCUUCGCGGGAUCCUUGAGGAGCUCCUAUGGUUCAUUCAUGGAUCGACAGACUCCAAUAUACUCUCUGCCAAGGGCAUCAAGAUCUGGGACGGUAACGGGAGUAAGGCUUUUCUGGAGAAGAGAGGGCUAGGCCAUCGGCGAGAAGGAGACCUCGGACCAAUAUAUGGAUUCCAAUGGAGACAUUUCGGCGCGCAGUACACAGACUGCGACGCAGAUUACACCGGACAAGGCGUGGAUCAGCUCGUAGAGUGCAUCAGGAAAAUCAAGGAGGAGCCCACCGAUCGCAGGAUCAUCCUCAGCGCAUGGAAUCCUGCUGAUAUACCCUUGAUGGCGCUCCCGCCCUGUCAUGUUCUGUGCCAGUUCUACGUCCACCUACCGCCCCCAGACGCGCCCGACGCGCCCAAGAAGCUGUCGUGUCUGCUCUACCAGCGCUCCGCGGACCUUGGGCUGGGAAUCCCAUUUAAUAUUGCAUCAUACGCGGUGCUCACCCACCUCGUCGCGCAUCUCACGAACACGGAGCCCCAUGAACUAAUCAUCCAGCUCGGGGACGCGCAUGUGUACCGGGAUCAUGUUGAUGCGCUGGAGGAGCAGCUGAAGCGGACGCCGAAGGCGUUCCCUAAGCUGCGCUGGACGCGGACAGUCUCGGACGUUGAUGACUUUCGGGCAGAUGACAUUGUUGUGGAAGGGUACAAUCCGCAUCCGUCGAUAGCCAUGAAGAUGAGUGUGUAG